AUGGACUGUUCCAAAACAUGCCAGUGCGACUGUGCUGGUAAGGACGCGAGGAACAUCAUUCUGAAGUACUGGCACGGAGGUAGUGAAACCAGCAGUGGGAAGGCGCAGCUGACUAUUCUCUCUCUUCUGGCCGUUAUUUGUGAAGAAAUUGUGGAGGAUUGCAUCAAGUGUGGCGGACUUUACUUCUUUGAAUUCAUGAGCUGCAGUGCGUUUCUUUUCAGCCUCCUGAUCCUGUGUGUGUAUUGCACUGAUGUAUAUGAAACAUUUGGGGAAGAUAAAGUACAGAGAGUGAAUUUUUGGGCCAUGCCAGCCAUAGGUUUCUUUUUUCUGUUAGCAUCAAUAGUGCUUACUGCAACCAGCUCUGGGUCUGCUGUUGAAAAAGCUGCAUGUGUGUUUGGAUUUCUUGCAAGUGGUGCAUUUUUAGUUGAAACUAUUAUAGAGUAUUUUCACAGUCGGACACAAAACAUCGAUGGAUGCCCUGAAAACCCUGGCAACACUCAGAGUGCCACAGAAAAUCAGCCACUGAAUAAACAUAGCUAA